UAACCUUUACUUAUUCUGUAGUUUAAUUGUUUUGUUCUGUUAUAAUAUAAUAUUAUAAUAUAGUUUAAUGUUGUAGUUUUAAAUACGAAAACGUCACCAUAUUAAAUUAAUUAUAAGUAUGCAGUAUUUAUGAACUAAAUAUUAUAAGUUAUACAUUUUUAUGAUAUAUUUGAAACUAAAUAAAAAAAGAGAAAACCGAUUAUAAUACUGAAGUAUAAGAAGUGUCAAUAUAUCAUUAAAGCAUUAAUAUGUGCAUUCCACAAGAGAACAAGUAUCCAAAUAAAACACUACUGCAAAUCACUAGUUCAAAUUAUACGCUGUUCUACAGAAUAUUUCAGUUUAUUGGAUUAUUACUAAUAUGUUCCGUAUACUAUUGGAUUAUUAAUUAUCGGGGCGGAUUUAGUUUAACUAAAGCGAAAUUAAUACCAAACUGGCAUCCAAUAUUCAUGACAAUUGUUUUAAUUUAUUUAUUUGCAAAUGCUAUUCUUCACUAUCGUUCAUUUCGGGAUACAAAACGAAAUUUGAAAUACCAACAUGCAAUUUUUUUCGGUUGCAUAAUAAUCAUCUUAACAAUUGCUGGCAUAGCUACUCUGGGUUCAAAGCGAUUUAGACCUUUAUUUACUAAUCCUGCGAUUCCUAAUUUAUAUUCUUUACACAGUUGGUUAGGAAUUAUUACUAUGGCAAUGCUUCUACUUCAGUUUGCAAGUGGAUUCUGGAUUUAUUUAUAUCCCACAGUAGCUGCCCAAUAUAGAGAAAUUAUGAUGCCUUAUCACGUGUUCUUCGGUGUUUCGAGCUUUGUAUUAGCAAUUGCAUCUGGUGGAUUAGGAUUCUGUGAAAAAAUGAUUUUUUCAUUGUAUAGAGAAUACGAACAAUUUCCAGGAGAAGGUAUAAUUGGUAACUGUAUAGGUUUAUUAUGUAUUUUUUACGGUGUUUUAGUGGUUUAUAUGGUCACUAAACCAGAAUUCAAGAGAUGCCCUGCACCAGAAUAUCAGCCAUUAAUCUAGUAUUAGAAAUUUAGAAAUGUUAUGAAGUUUCACUAAAUUGUUGGUUUUUGUAUUAUGUGUAUUAUUAUAUGUGUAUAAUCUAAAGCUAAACUUCUAAAAAAAUAAUGAUUAAUGAAGUGUUAUAUUUUUCCUUAAUACAUUUCAAACAUGUAUUUACGACCAGUGUUGUACUUUUAUAGAUAAAUAAAAAAUAACGUAUACGAAGUGUUUAAA